AUGCAGCCUCGCCGCCUGGUGCCCGCGAUGUCCGCGUGCCUUCAGCAGCAGCAGCAGCACGCGCUGUGCCCGCAGCUCGCCGCGGGCCACGUGGAGGCGGCGCUCAACUCCACGAUGCUGCUUCUGCUGCCGCCGCCGGGCGCCGGCGGCAACGCGAGCGUCGUCGUCGUCGGCGGCGGCGGCGGUGCCGAGGAGCAGCAGGAGGUGUUCCGCCUCUUCCCGCUGCCCGUCCUCGCCGGGGUCACGGCCGCCUGCUGCCUCCUCUUCGCCGUGGGGGUCGUGGGCAACGCGAUGACCAUCGUGGUGGUGAGCCGCUACAAGGAGAUGCGGUCGACCACGAACCUCUACCUGUCGAGCAUGGCGCUCUCCGACCUGCUCAUCUUCAUGUGCAUGCCGCUCGACCUCUACCGCAUCUGGCAGUACCGGCCGUGGCUCUUCGGGGACCUCGGCUGCAAGCUGUUCCAGUACGUGAGCGAGGGCUGCACGUACGCCACCAUCCUGCACAUCACGGCGCUCAGCGUGGAGCGCUACCUCGCCAUCUGCUUCCCGCUCAAGGCCAAAGUGCUCAUCACCAAGCGGCGCGUCAAGGGCGUCAUCGCCCUGCUGUGGAGCUGCGCGCUCGGCAGCGCCGCGCCGGUCUUCUACAUCGUGGGGGUUCAGCUGGACGACGACGUGGAGGCGCUGCUCGUGUGGACCACGGCCGAGUGCCGCGAGAACGAGGAGGCCGUGCGCUCGGGCCUGCUGCAGACCAUGAUCUGGGUGUCCACCAUCUACUUCUUCCUGCCCGUCUUCUGCCUCACGGUGCUUUACGGACUCAUCGGGCGCCGCCUCUGGCGGAGGAGGCGCCAGGGAGGCGCGGGACUCAGCGGCGCGCAGCGGGAGAGGAGCCACAGGCAGACCGUGAAGAUCCUCGUGCUCGUCGUGCUGGCGUUCGUGCUCUGCUGGCUGCCCUUCCACGUGGGCCGCAACCUCUUCUCCGGCGCCUCCGAGCAGGACGAGCGGGGCCUGUACGAGGUGAACCUGCACAUCAACGUGGCGUCGCUCCUCCUCUUCUACCUGAGCGCGGCCAUCAACCCGAUCCUCUACAACAUCGUCUCGCGCCGCUUCCGCGAGGCCGCGCUGCGACUCCUCGGAGCCGCCCACCCGCGGCGCUCGGCACGCGGCCUCUCCGCGUGCCCCGCGUGCACCGACUCGGGCAGCAACGCGCCCUGA